AUGACAUCACUCCAGACAGACGUCAAUAACUCUGUUGUGGGGUCACCAACCUCCAACGGAUCCGGGUCAGCAAGGAAGACGCUCGAUCUAGAACCGAAUCCGUUCGAGCAGUCGUUUGCUGGACCCACAGACUCAGCAGGGUCCGGCCCGGUUCCGAAGCUGAAACAUAUUGACAAGAAGGAUGCAAGACCAACCAACGCAUCGCCCACGCAGCAGUUUACUCCUGGAGGCACCCGUCGUACGUUUACGUCUAACGUGCUGCCGCCGUUGCUUGGGAUCUUGUCUCCCGGCGCGUCGUCAGUUCCCGGAACACCGGGGAUAUGGUCCAGCAUGUUCCAAGGGCCCUCGCAAAGUUUUACCGCGCAGCAGUCACAACAGCUGCUACCGUUUGCAUACCCCAUGGGGGCUCAUGGUCAGCAACCGGGCGUGGCUGUUCCAACCCCCACGCAGCAGCAAAUGUACAGCCAAUUAAUUUCCAACGCCAAGAAAACUGGGCUCACCCCAAACGAAAGUUCUUUACGCACAGGACUCACGCCCGGAAGCAACAACAUCGUCGCUCCUCAUUUGGCUGCCAACAACAGUUACUCGAUGCUGAUGCCCAACGCGCCCCUUACUCCUGGGGGUCUGUCGUUCUUGAACAUACCUCCGGCCAAACCUCCAGUGAAACAGGAGCAUGCGUCGCAGGUCCCAAACCCAGAGCCAAAACCAAAGAGACAAAAGACCAAGUCGGUUUCAAACGACGAAGCGGACAAGUCUCCCGAUACAGACUCGAAACAGGGAUCUGGCGACGACCAGAAACGGAAGAGCUUUUUGGAAAGAAACAGAAUAGCUGCAUCCAAGUGUAGACAGCGCAAGAAACAGAUGGUCCAGAAAAUGACGGAGGAGCUCAACUUCUACUCGUCGCAAUACGAAGCACUCACGCAGCAGGUCUCCUCGCUGCAAGACCAGGUCAAAACGCUACAUUCCAUCGUUCUCACACAUAAAGACUGUCCGUCGUUCGUUGAGCAGAUGGGCGGGCCCGAGACGAUGAACAACGUGCUUGGGUCGUUUAACGGCGUCCAUUUACUCGGUGGCUCCGCGCGCCAGGCCGCCGUGAACGGAAACGCAGCUUCCAGUAGAGCAAAAUAG